GAUGGUGAUCCUUUAUAAGCAUAGUCUCGGCUCUCACCUCUCACCUGACUUGACUGCAAACAAAUUAAAGCAAUUACUGCCAUUUUUACACCCUGAAAUAAGAAACGACAUACACACUCCUCUCGAAAGCAACUCUCCUUUCGCCCCCAUAUUUAGGAAAAAAGCCUGAGACUAAUUUAAUUCUAUCUCCUUUUCCUUCUCUAAUACUACUAUUCCCUCAUUUACAAAAAGCAGCCAAAACGGGUCUACCUCUGUGGAUGCUUGGCCUCGGCGUCGAACGCUUGCGAGGUGAUAUGAAUCGCUUGCUCGCGUUACUCUUCCACCAGGGAGUAUUAGACGAGCAAUUUUUGCAGCUGCAACAGCUUCAAGAUGAAUCCUCUCCUAAUUUCGUCUCCGAAGUUGUCAACAUCUACUUCCAGGAGUCCGAAAAACUCUUACGAAAUCUCAGAUCCUUGUUGAUGGAUAGAGAGUUUUCGGACUACAAGAAAAUGGGAGUGCAUUUGAAUCAGUUUAUAGGAAGCAGUUCAAGCAUUGGUGCAAAACGCGUCAGAAACGUCUGCGUCGCCUUUCGCGUUGCUUCCGAGCAGAAUAACCGACUUGGUUGUUUGAGAGCUCUAGAGUUGCUUGAGCAUGAAUAUUGUUAUCUCAAGAACAAACUUCAUGAACUUUUCCAGAUAGAACAGCAAAGGCUGCUAGCCGCUGCAGUCAGGUACCCAGUUCAGCACUAAAACAAAACCGGAGCCAAAUGAGAUACCGUGUAAAUUAGAUUUAGAGUUUUUUUUUUUUUUUUUUGUCGUUUUUAACUUAUGAUCAUAGGGAAGGGAUCAAUGGGAAGUAGCUAAUGAAUGUUUUGGGAAGUUUGAAUGAUGUGUGUAAAAAUUUGAUUCUGGAAUUUAAGUUUUAAGAUUCGGCUUUUAAUGACUUAAC